AAUCAACGCGUCAGUGUUUCCUGCCGGUGCCCGGGACUGGUAUCGAGGCUCUGCUGCAGCGCGUCAGGACCGGACCGUGAACCCGGAGACCUUAUACUCGGAGGCGGAAGAAGGUAGAGGAUGGAACAAAAGUCUGAGGAAGCACUGAGGCUGAACCUGCUGAAAAGAGGUCUGGAGCUGCCUGGCGACCGAGAGGAGGCACUGGCCAAGCGACUCAAAAUGGAAGGCCAUGAAGCCAUGGAACGUCUAAAGAUGUUGGCACUGCUCAAACGAAAGGAUCUCUCUGAAUUUGCUGGAUUGGAGCUCGCAGGGCCCCUGGGAGAUGGCAAGGGCCCUGGAGCCAGUGCGCUCCACCACCGCAGUCUAAUGGGAGCUGCUGCGUAUGAAGAGAAGCUUAAUGGGGGUGUGAGGUUGGGAGGACAUGGCAGCCACGUGGGCACCAGUACAAACGGGAAGGAGAACAUUCUUGAUGAGCCUGUGGAUAUGAGCGCUGGUACAAGAUGUGAUGCAGACCAUGAACGUCAAACUCCAUCACCAGACGUCAUCAUUCUGUCAGACAACGAGGCAUCCAGUCCCAGAACCACUCCUCGCUCAGAUGAGCGUCUGCACGGCAUAAACUUAGACAUCUUGAAGGGUAAGACCGGUGAGGAGAGGCAGCAGAUGAUUAAAGCUCUCAGAGAGGAGCUGCGCCUGGAAGAGGCACGUCUUGUGCUGCUCAAGAAGCUCAGACAGAGUCAGCUGCAGAAGGAGAAUGUGGUCCAGAAGGUGCCAAUGGUCCAAAGCACUACGUUGUCAGUGCAGCCCUCUGCCAUUCAUAGCUCUUCUAGCCUCGGGAAGAUGCCAGUGCGGCCUGGCUUACACAACCCCGAACCCCAGAACCUUCGCACCUCACAGGGUCACACAGUCAUCAGGUCAGCAGCCAAUGCAAAUCUGCCUCCUAUGCUCAUGUCACAGCGUGUAAUAGCACCAAACCCAGCUCAGCUGCAGGCCCAGCGGCUCUCUAACAAACCCAGCAUGUCUCGUUCCGCCGGCAUGGGCUCAUCGGUUGGCUACCAGCAGGCCAAUCAGCAGGUGGCCCAGCGCUCCAGCUCCAGUGCCAUCUACAUGAACCUUGCCCACAUGCAAGCUGCAGCCUCAGCAGGAGGAGGCCUGGGUGGAGCUGCCAGCCCGUCCACCAUGUCCAGCUCAGUCACUGGAGGUGUGAGCUCCAUGGCUGACCAGGCCAGCAGCCAGGCUGCUGCCAAGCUCGCCCUAAGAAAGCAGCUGGAAAAGACACUUCUGGAGAUCCCUCCUCCCAAACCACCUGCCCCGCUCCUUCACUUCCUGCCCUCUGCUGCCAACAGCGAGUUUAUCUACAUGGUGGGUCUGGAGGAGGUGGUCCAGAGCGUGCUGGACAGUCAGGGCAAACUCAGAGGGACACUGAGUCGCAUGGAGCCUUUCUUCUGCGCCCAAUGCCAGACAGACUUCACUCCCCACUGGAAGCAGGAAAAGGCAGGCCGCAUCCUCUGCGAGCAGUGUAUGACAUCCAAUCAGAAGAAGGCUCUGAAGGCGGAACAUACCAACCGGCUGAAGAACGCCUUUGUGAAGGCGCUGCAGCAGGAGCAGGAGAUAGAACAACGGCUGCAGCAGCAGGCAGCCCUUACUCCCAGCUCUGCUCCGACUGGCCCCAAUGCCUCCAAGACGGACUCCAUUAUCCGGCAUCACGCCCUGCGUCAGGCGCCCCAGCCUCAGGCCUCAAUGCAGAGGAGCCUGUCAAACUCUGCCAGAGGGGUCCUGUCCAACUUUGCCCAGGCCUCACAGCUGUCGGUGGCCAGCAGCCUCAUGGGAAUGACCAGUGCCAAGCACUGUGGCAGCAGUGGAGGGAGCAGCAGACUGCAGCAUGACAGCCGUCGCCAGAUCUACAACAUCCCAGGGUUGAACAUCGCCUAUCUGAACCCAGCAGCCGUCGGUCACAAGAGUUCCAGCUUAGCCGACCGGCAAAGGGAAUAUCUGUUAGACAUGAUCCCACCGCGGUCCAUAUCGCAGUCCAUCACUGGACAGAAAUAGGGUCCACCCCGUCCUCGACCCUGAUGCAGUCCUGGAUCAGCUGGCACCCCUCCACCAUCGCAUGCAGUGCCUGUCCUUGUGCAGACCCUUUGACCACACCCAAGUCCACGAGCGAGACACUUUGUUUAGUUCCAGUGGUCCAGUUUCAUAGCAGUUCUGCUGCUGCCGUCUUUCACGUCAGUUGCAUCAAGUUUUCUUUUCAGCGGGUUGAUGGGUCGCACCUUUAUCUGUGUCAUCUCAACAUUUCAAUGGGCAGUCAUUCAGUCUGUUCCACCUGAGAACCCUGAAGUGAACGCCAUGUGACUGAUGGCGGCAGCAGCAUCUCCAGAGAUAACUGGGACCGCCGCCCAGCACUUGGAACACCAGUAUGCACAGACUCAUAUCCCCCUCUUUGUAAUCUUCACAUGUGACUCUGGUCUGGAGGUGCCAGCAUCACAGACUCUGUACGUAUAAAACCCAGAGAUCUGGGUCCAUUAUCUUCUUCUAUUUUCUGAUUGCCCCACCCCAACCCCACCUUUUUUGUAACAGGGGUUUUCGAUGUAAUUUUAUUUUUGCAGCGUCUCCUCAUGAAGAGCCUGAAAGGUGUCGUCAUCAGGAGACGAUAAUGAUCAGCAAAGCUAGGAACUGUACAAAAUGUGAGGGAGAACUCGCUACCUAAGAGACUAGCGUCAAUCAUAAUGGAGCACUUUGCGUAUUUCCACUUGGGGAAAAAGACAAUUUGUGUGAAGUCUGGGAGGCCGUGCUGCUACCUGCGAACGAUGGCUCCGGUGUGGUCACUUCUCCCGGCUUGGUGAAGAUCAUCUCUGUGACAGGUUGUGAUGGAUCAGGAUUGAUAGGUUUUUGUUCGAUUUUUUUUUUUAACUGGGAAAUGGGAUCACUUGGUGUUGACGGUUAUCCAACUUAAAGCAAUGAAUAAUGUCAAUGAAGACCAAUGUCCGACUCACGGGUGAUCUAGUCAGGCUGAUCUGUUACAUCCUGGUCCAGGACUAAUGACUUGUCUGGCAGUCUUGUGCUCCACAUUCCAUCAAGAUAGUGGUGAACUUCUGAACUCCAAAAAAACAGAGGUGAUUGUGCUUUCGCAGAUGUUGCAUUACAUAUCGCCUGUUUUACCGAGCUCUACAGUGCAGCCACAGAAACAAAUGUCUUCAAAACAGAGCUUCAUAUUAAGGACCCGAAGUGAUGAUGCUGGUUCUCGUCACCAGCUUUCUGUUGGAUCAGAAGAACAUAGUGUAAUGGAUUUGGCAACGUUCAGUUGGCAGUUAUUUUUACUCUUGGCUUGCGUGUGUAAGAUACUGUACAUGCAAGGUUUGUGAGGAGGCGCCCCCUGCAGGGGCCAAAAUGUAUAUGGUUCGUUGCAGCAUAUGUCACAGUUCAUCGAGGAGUUAAAGGCCUUCUUGUGGAGUAUGAUGCUCCUAACUGAUUGUUUAGCCUUGCUUGGUUGAAAUAUGAGAACACCACCGUUUACCAACUGUAAGUUUACUGUUGUCUUGAGAUCAACUGCAGAAGCCACGACUGCUGACAAGUUGUUCAAGUCCUGAAAGAGGUGAAGAGAGCUGCUUCUAAAUCUGGCUGUGGAGUAGGAAGGUUCUUAAGCUGCUCUAGUUUCAAAUGCUCUCUGUAGCUUCGGCCUCUCUGAGUUUCCGCAAGCACCUUUACGACUCAGUUCUCGUUCCCUAAAUUCUUUUUAAAAUAAAAAGGCGCUCUGUCACAGUUUAAAAAAAAAUAAAAAGAAGUACUGAAGUAAAUCUUUUCCAGGUUUUAGCUCAAUGUACAUUAUUUUCCUCCUUGUUCUGAGAAAAAAAAGACAUCAAAUGGUUGUAUAUUGUGUAGAAAAGCAAACAAAAGCCAUGAAUAUUGUGAAGCUUGUCAUUUCGUUUUGUGAACACUGUGUAUUAUUGUGUAACAAAUGUGCAAAAUGUUUGGGAUUUUUUUUUCUUUUUGGCCUCUAAAUGAUGCUGUCUCCCUGAUUCUCUUCACUCUCAAGAGUUAGCAGAAAAGUGCUUACUGAUUCAGACUCAGUCAGGAUUUUGAAUCCCCUGUUUCAAACCUUGUGAUGGGUCCCAUAGUUGACUGUCAUAUUUGACUGCUCACGCAGACAAGACACAAAUAUUUAUGUUAAAUCCUUGACAUCUGCCCCCAUAUGUGUAGACUAGUUUAACAAUCGUUCACCUGACAAUUGGUUACCAUGGCAGCAAGAUGGAAUUUCAGGUCCAGAUGAAUGUUGCAUGUAGUGUUUUGAUCAGUCAAACGAGCAGAGUAUUGUGACAUUAUUGCUCUACUGGCAAGAAGCGAAGGGUUUGGACUCAGGGACUGAAGACUCAUCACUGCUUCCUGCAGGUGAAGUGCGUGUAUCUCUGCCCCUCAGCUCUCCAUGGAGAGGUUUGCAUCUUAGUGAGAGCUUGGGCGAGGAUCAACUGCACCGAAUUAGUGAGUUCUGAGUCCUGUUGUGAAUGAGGGAAGAAAGGAAAUGACAGAGGACCUCUGUUUUCUGAUCAUCUUUGGUUCUUGUCAUCCACAUAUAUCUGGCACUGGUGGCCCUUGUGUGGCGACUCAGAGUAGGCUCUCCAAUGGGCGGGGGGGCGCUUGACAAGGCAUCCUUGGAAAGUUAUUUUAGUUAUUAACCAUUUUAGCUAAAGUUAUACUGCUUCUCUCUCUUUAAGAUGGCCCUCAUCAGAAUUGGGUGUCAGUUUUAUCAGAUACUUGUCUGAGAUAUUGGGAGUGUGCUAGAUGACAGAUGUGAUUACUGCACCAGGCGCGGGGUCACCUUAGACCUGUCAUCUAUACCGGUACUUUGAAUCACGUGCCUAACAUGGCUACCGAGUUCAUUUUAUUUAUUUGUGAUGUCACUUCUUAAGUCGAAUUCAAUUGAAGGCGUGAACAAGCAAAUGCUAAUUUUAAUAUGAACAUUCCUCUAGUGUGUGAGGUUUGUCCUAGAUGCAAGAGGAGAGAAUUUAAACAAGCGUGACUGAAUCCGUGUACACUUUUCCUGCCGACACCAGCAAAUUUUCAUCUCCACUCCAUUGAAAUGGACGUUUAUUUGAAGCGAAAGCAUUUCACAUCCUUCCUUUUCCUUUGGUUUAUGUGGAACCCAACCUUUUGCACAUCCUUGAUAUUUAACGGUUAAAAAAAGCUGUUUGAAUACUGCCACUUCAUUGAUGAUUAUGCAUUGAUUGAGGAAAAAACAAGCUAAUUUUGGAGGAAAUAACUUUGUAAUAUUUAUCUUGCAAGCUAUGUUUAAUAAAGGUUCAAACUAUUUGCUUCCAAGGCUUUUGA